AGGGAUAUUAGAAACUGGCCGCAGAAAGAAUUGUUACCACAAUUAGAAAUAUUCGGAGAAAAAUUAUUACAAGAUUUGCAAAAUAAAUGGUGCGAUGUUAUGCUUGAAAUAAGCAGAAAUGGCGGAGAUAUAUGCUGUUCUUCUUUGAAGAAGAUACAGAGUCCCACUUUGAUUUUAUACGGCUGCAAGGAUGUGUUUGUAGAUAAAGAACAAACUGAGUAUUUGGUGGAAAACAUAAAGAAUUCGAUGUUAUACGUAUUUCCUGAAGGCAAACAUCGACUCCAUUUACAGUUCUCCGAAGAAUUCAAUGCUGUUAUCACAAACUUUUUGCUGAAUUGAUCAACAAAAUUUUCGAAAAAUCACAUAUAAAAAUAAUGAAAAUUGAU